GUUUGUGAUUAAUUUGGUAUGCAACUAAAAAUCAAAAUUUGUGGUGCUUGUUUGUUAAAUUAAUUAUUUUUAAAUAAAUUUUGUGUUUUUAUAUUCUUACUCCUAUUUAAAAAAAUAUAAUUAAAAUUCUAAAUCCAUUGCGUCAUGGAAGGUUAAGUUAAAAUAAAUGUUAUCCUUAUGUGGGUUGUGUGAUAUCUCUAUCAGCAAUUAUAUUUUGCAAUUUGGCAUUCUCAUGCAUCAAUAACUAGUAUAAAUGUUUUGAUAAUUAUUGUGUGUUAUUAAAAAAUUUAAAAAAAAAUACAAUGAGGAGCAUUCAAGGCAGUUUUACAUCAAUUGGAAGAAUUGCUCUAAUAGCAAGAGGUGCCAGGAUACAUAAUGGGAUAUAUUGCAUCAUUGCUCAUGCAUCCCAAAUACAGAAACGCAAAGUGCACACAACAUCUGUUAAUUGCAAAUUUGCUGGUACAAAGGAUACCACAACGACCACCAAUCAAUCUGGGGGAACCGGGGGUAAAAAGGGAAAUACAUUAUCUUGUCCAAAAUGUGGAGAUCCAUGCACACAUGUAGAAACUUUUGUGUCAUCAACUCGGUUCGUAAAGUGUGAGAAAUGUCAUCAUUUUUUUGUUGUUCUGAGUGAGGUUGAUAGUAAGAAAACGAUAAAGGAUGAAGGCCCGAAUCACAGAAAACCACCUCCACCACCUAAAAAGAUUAUGGAAUAUUUAAAUAGACAUGUUGUAGGUCAGGAGCUUGCUAAAAAGGUUUUAUCAGUAGCAGUUUAUAAUCAUUACAAGAGGAUAUACCAUAAUCUGCCUAAUGCAACAGGUGCACCAAAAGAACAGGAAACCAUUUCUCAAAGAGAUCUUUUGCAUAUAUCGGGUAUAACACAAUCAACUGUUCAAUCAUCUGUGUUUUCAAGUGCUGGGGACACUAAUAGGGGCAUGGGAAAUUUAAAUCGUAAUAAAGCAGCUAGUGGAUCUGAAAUUUUAGAGAAAAAUGCACAUGAUUUACGUCUUGAAAAAAGUAACAUCAUGAUGUUGGGCCCUACAGGUUCAGGAAAGACUUUGCUUGCCCAGACAAUAGCUCGAUGUUUGGAUGUUCCUUUUGCUAUUUGCGAUUGUACUACUCUUACACAAGCAGGCUAUGUUGGAGAAGAUAUAGAGAGUGUGAUAGCAAAAUUGCUUCAAGAUGCUAAUUUCAGCGUUGAACGUGCUCAGACAGGAAUAGUGUUUUUGGAUGAAGUUGAUAAGAUUGGGGCAGUGCCCGGAAUUCAUCAGCUAAGAGAUGUUGGAGGGGAAGGUGUUCAGCAAGGGAUGUUGAAAAUGUUAGAAGGAACUGUUGUGAAUGUUCCGGAAAGAAACUCACCGAGAAAGUUGCGUGGUGAAACUGUUCAAGUUGAUACGACUAAUAUUUUAUUCGUAGCAUCUGGUGCAUUUACAGGUCUUGAUAAACUAAUUGCCCGAAGGCACAAUGAAAAAUAUCUUGGGUUUGGGUGCCCACCUGCUACAUCACAGGGACGUAGAGCUGCACAAAAAGUUGGGGAAGGCAUCGAUGAAGAUAUGGCUGAGAGAGAUGCUAGUUUGAAACGUGUUCAAGCUAGAGAUUUGGUGGAGUUUGGUAUGAUACCGGAGUUUGUGGGAAGAUUUCCUGUUCUUGUUCCAUUCCAUAGUCUAGAUACAAGUAUGUUAGUGAGAAUUCUAACAGAACCAAAAAAUGCAUUGGUUCCUCAAUACAGAGCUCUACUGGCUAUGGAUAGGUGUGAGUUGAGCUUCAGCAACUCUGCUCUGCAAGCAAUUGCAAGUCAAGCGAUGGAGAGACAAACUGGUGCAAGAGGAUUACGAGCAAUAAUGGAGUCAUUAUUGCUUGAACCGAUGUUUGAAAUUCCUGGCAGUGAUGUAAAUAGUGUUCAUAUAACAGAGCAAUGUGUCCAAGGAUCUGAAAAACCCAAAUACGAGCGCAAACCAGCUCAAACUAAUCAAAAUCAAAAAACGACACCACCACAUCGUGAGGCAGAGGAUACAAGACCUACAUCAGUAAGAGUGCAACAGUGACCGCUGCACAUAUUUUAAAAUUUGAACGACUUAAUAAUUACUGCCUUCGGUGGUUAGAUGCAAAUAUAUUUUGACAUAUUUACAGACUUGUAAAUAAAAUAGAAUUUAUUUUUUAUUAUUUUACAAAUAUGGCAAUAUCUAAAUAAGUUUUCAUGUUAUAAUUUUGUAAAUAAUAUUUAGAAUGAUUUAGGUAUAAAUAAUUUAUGAAAAAUAUUCAUAAUUUAGAAUAACAACUGUAUGUAACUAUAAAGAAUGGGAUAAACAACAUU